AGCGCCGGCCCCCUUCCUUCCUCCCUCCCGGCCGUCCCGUCCCCUCCGGGCCGCCGCCGUCCAGUGUCCCGCGCUCCCGGGCCGGCCCCAUGGCGUCCUCGGCCGGUUCCCCCCCGCAGGCGGAGCGGCGGCGCUGGGGGUGGGGCCGUCGGGCCAGCGGGUCCCUGGGGCUCAGCCUCAGCCCCAAGGCCGGCUUCCCGUCGGAGCUGGCCGAGGUGAGCCCGGCGGCCGGAGCGUUCUACGCGCCUAUCCCCGCGCCGGGGCCCGGCCCUCCCCCUGCCGCCGCGCCGGGGGCCCGGGGGGCCCCGGCCCCGCCGUCGCCGUCUCCGUCGCCCUCGCCGCCACCCACUGUGAGCCUGGACCCGCGCAUGUCCAUCUACAGCAUGUGGCGCCCGCUGCUCACCCGCACCCACGUCCAGGGGCGCGUCUACAACUUCCUCGAGAGACCCACGGGCUGGAAGUGCUUCCUCUACCACUUCACGGUCUUCCUCAUUGUUCUGAUCUGCCUCAUCUUCAGCGUGCUCUCCACCAUCGAGCAGUACGUGGCCCUGGCCACGGGGACCCUCUUCUGGAUGGAAAUCGUGCUCGUGGUGUUCUUUGGGACGGAGUACGUGGUCCGCCUGUGGUCCGCGGGCUGCCGCAGCAAGUACGUGGGCAUCUGGGGCCGGCUGCGCUUUGCGAGGAAGCCCAUCUCCAUCAUCGACCUCAUUGUGGUGGUGGCCUCCAUGAUCGUCCUCUGCGUGGGCUCCAAGGGGCAGGUCUUUGCCACUUCCGCCAUCAGGGGGAUUCGCUUCCUGCAGAUUCUCCGGAUGCUGCACGUGGACCGUCAGGGCGGGACCUGGCGGCUGCUGGGCUCCGUGGUGUUCAUACACCGGCAGGAGCUGAUCACCACCCUGUACAUCGGGUUUCUGGGGCUCAUCUUCUCCUCCUACUUCGUGUACCUGGCGGAGAAGGACGCCGUGAACGAGUCCGGCCGCAUCGAGUUCGGCAGCUACGCCGAUGCCCUGUGGUGGGGCGUGGUCACGGUCACCACCAUCGGCUACGGGGACAAGGUGCCGCAGACCUGGAUCGGGAAGACCAUCGCCUCGUGCUUCUCGGUCUUCGCCAUUUCGUUCUUCGCCCUUCCUGCGGGGAUUCUGGGCUCUGGUUUUGCCCUGAAGGUCCAGCAGAAACAGAGACAAAAGCACUUCAACCGCCAGAUCCCGGCGGCGGCCUCUCUCAUUCAGACGGCCUGGAGAUGCUAUGCGGCCGAGAACCCCGAUUCUUCGACGUGGAAAAUUUACAUCAGAAAGCCCGCCCGAAAUUAUCACCUGUUGUCCCCCAGUCCCAAGCCCAAGAAAUCAGUCAUGGUAAAGAAGAAAAAGUUCAAACUGGAGAAGGACAACGGGGUCGGCGCCGGAGAAAAGACGCUGACGGUUCCGCACAUCACUUACGACCACAUCGCCGAGGACAGAAAGUCGGACCAGUUUGCCAUGGACGGCUAUGAAAACUCUGUGAAGAAGAGCCCUUCCUCCCUGGAGGUGAACCCCGGCCACUUCCUGAGGACCAACAGUUUCGCGGAGGACCUGGACCUCGAGGGGGAGACCCUGCUGGCCCCGAUCACCCACAUCUCCCAGCUGCGGGAGCACCACCGAGCCACCAUUAAGGUUCUCCGGCGCAUGCAGUAUUUCGUGGCCAAGAAGAAGUUCCAGCAAGCCAGGAAGCCCUACGACGUCCGGGACGUCAUCGAGCAGUACUCCCAGGGCCACCUCAACCUGAUGGUGCGCAUCAAGGAGCUCCAGAGAAGGCUGGACCAGUCGAUAGGGAAGCCGUCUCUUUUCAUCUCAGUCUCAGAAAAGAAUAAAGAUCGAGGGAAUAAUACGAUUGGCGCCCGACUGAACAGGGUGGAAGACAAGGUGAUGCAGAUGGACCAGAAGCUGAACCUCAUCACGGACAUGCUCCAUCACCUGGUGGCCCUGCAGCAGGGGGACCCCAGGGCCGGCGGCGGGAGGCCCCCCCAGCGGGCCGGCCCCGAGCUCUUCCUGGCCAAUAACUCCCUCCCCACCUACGAACAGCUGACGGUUCCCAGGAGGACGCCGGACGAAGCCUCCUGAGGGAGGCCCCUGGGCUCCCGGCCCCGGGCGGAGGAGGGCUGGGGGACGACGGGGAGGGAGGGCGCCGGAGCCUCCCCCACCUCCCCCUCACCCGCCUGGAGGACAGCGCGGCGGCCGCCAGGCUCGGGCCCCUCGGAGCGGCGGCAUCCUGGGGUCCGCCUGGGCCGUCCUCCCCCACGGCGGGGCUGGAAAAGCAGCAGAGCCCCCCCUUCCAAAAAGACCCCAACGUGGGGAGGGUUCCCGGGGUCCCAAGCGGCUCCUUUCCAAGGGGGCCCCUGCCUCCCUCUGUGCGUCCCCAAGCCGGGGGCACCGAGCACAGCAGGGGGCGGCUUCCCCGGCGCGGCCUGUGCCCCCUUCCCAGCCAGGGACCCCAGGGAAGGCCGCAGGUCGCCGCCCCUCCUCCUCUCUGGAAGCUUCCUUCAGGAAAGGGGCCUGAUGUGAGCGGGCGCCUGCGGCCCUUCCCGUGCCCGAGGGGCUCCUCCCCCGAGAAAGGAGCUUCCAGCGGGCGGGGGGUCCUGGGGCCCCUGGUCUCAGGGAGCGAUGGCUUCCUCCUCACGUCCGGCCACAGAAGUACCUUGGAGCCCGUGUUCCUCGGGACGGCCUUGCGGGGGCGCUGCCUUAGCCGGGCUCCGCCAACCAAAGGUUUCUUACUGGAGAAAUAAGGCAGAUUGUCCCACCUGCACCCCCUGGGCCGGGGGGUCCCUGGGCUUAGAAGGGGGAGCCCGGCCCUGGCCGUGGGCCCCCCAGCAGCAGCAGCCGCCUGAGCACCCCCAGGCGCUGCCCCGGGGGCGGGGGCCGCUCCCCCCAGCAGCCGGGGUCCGAGGGGGCGCAGAGGCCGAGCCGGGGCAGGAAUGUUUCUGGUGUUGGGUUUUCUGGCGAUCAGAAUCACUUGGGGAUGAUUUGGGGGUUCGCUUCUUAAUGAGGGUCACAAUGUAAUUCCAGGGUCUUCCUCUUCCAUCCAUUUCCUAAUAAACGCAGAGAGUUCUGUG